GCAGGGGCUUGCCUGAGGACUCAUGCAUGCUCUUAUUCAGCUUUUGUCAGAACAAUACACACCUCAGGCUGCCAAGGCUGCCUUUAUAAGAGGAGAGUGAAUGGAGAGAAGAAAACAUUUUAACAAGAUGUCCCUGGCUGAUUUUUGGAUUGUGUUGCUGGGGUGUUCAGCCCUGUGUCACACAGCACCUACCAUUUCUCCAACAACUUUACCAGAGGACGAUGACCUGGCUGAGAGAUACCUUUCUCAGUUCUACGCUGAUGUUGGGAUGAAAAACACCUCUAUGCGAAGCAUCACUAACAGCUCCUUCAGCCAGGAUCUACGGGCCAUGCAGGCUUUCUUUGGCCUUGAGGUGACUGGUGUCUUGAAUAACAAGACUAUUGAGGUGAUGAAGGCUCCAAGGUGUGGUGUGACAGAUAUCAGCCGAUAUGGACACUUCCCUGGGAAACCCAAAUGGGAGAAAAGGCUGAUUACAUACAGGAUCACUCAGUACACUCCAGAUCUGACCCAGAACCAGGUGGACAAAACCAUUGCUCAGGCCUUCCAGCUGUACAGCGAUGUCAUCCCACUGGACUUUAAACAGGUCUACAGUGGUACUGCAGACAUCAUGAUCCUCUUCAAGGGCGGAUAUCAUGGGGACUUUUAUCCUUUUGAUGGGGCAGGUGGAGUCUUGGCUCACGCUAACUCUCCAGGACAGGGUGAGGGAGGGGACACGCACUUUGAUGAUGAUGAAACCUGGACUCUCACCCAAAGAGGUGUGAAUCUGCUGCUGGUGGCGGCCCAUGAGUUUGGCCAUGCUCUUGGUUUGGAUCACUCCAGGGACAGACGUGCACUAAUGUACCCCACUUACAAAUAUGUCGACACAAACGGAUACAGGCUGCCAGAUGACGACAGGCGUGGGGUUCAAACCCUUUAUGGCAGCCGUACACCAGUACCCACAAAAAAACCUAAACCACCUCCUGGCCCAGAGCCAGAGGAACCAGCAGAGGAUCCAAACCUAGACCCUCUGCCCAACCCCAGAGAGGAGCAGUGUAGCCGCGACCUGGUGUUUGACGCUGCUACCUCCAUCAGGGGAGACCUGUACUUCUUCAAAAACGGAUACUACUGGAGGAAGAGUACGACUUUCCAAGGAAUCCGUUUGACUAAAGUGAACACAAAAUGGUCACAAAUCAACCAUGUGGAUGCUGCCUUUGAAGUCCCAUCCAAGGAUGUGGUGUAUCUUUUCGAAGGUCGUCAAUACUGGGGCAUAAGGGCUUAUGCAAAGACAAUAAUUUCAGGCUAUCCAAAGUCACUCACCAACCUCGGCCUCCCGUCUUCAGUCACUAAGGUGGAUGCAGCCGUUUAUGAGUCAACUUCUAGAAAAACACUAAUUUUUGUGAACAACCAGUAUUGGAGCUAUGAUGAGGGCAGAAGCCAAAUGGACUCUGGAUACCCACGAUUUAUCAGUCAGGAUUUCCCUGGCAUAGGCACUAAAAUAGAUGCAGCCUUUGAGAAUUUUGGAUAUCUAUAUUUCUCAUCUGGCCCCAGGCAGAGUGAGUACUACCUGCCAUACAAGAGAGUGAUGCGUGUACUGCUCAACUAUGGCUGGCUCAACUGUUACUGAGAACUCACAGACAAAAUGACACAACUGUCUAUAUCCAAGACUGCAGUUAGCAUGUCUAUUGUGAAACAAAGCAUGUGAAUAACAGAUGAAUAAAUACAUUUGUAUGAUGUGGGGAACAGCUCUCAGAUAUAGAUGUUGUUUUGUCUAUGUGGCUUCUGAUGUAUAGCAAAUAACAGGGUCAAACUGAGGCAAAGGUCAGUGAGUUACUAUCAUGUGUAAACAAUCUUUGACCUCCUUCAAAAUGUUUCUAUUUCAUUUUUGUUUUCUGUAUGGACAUCGCAAAGGGAUGUAUUAAUGGUGAAUGUUUUUACUCAGAGAUGUUUGCUUAUUUCAGUGAUUAAAAAAAGGGGUAAAGGAUUAUAUAAAUGUUAAAAUAGAAGGUUUUACAAAAGGUCCCCAGCAAUUUCUCCAUCACCUCUACCCAUAACAAGGCCGAACUAUAAUACUAUUCUUAUUUGCUUACACCAUCUUUGGUUACACAGUAAAAUAAUAGCAAACAUUUUAAGCAAUUUGUUGUGUUCUGUCAUGUCUGAACUGUUAGGUUGUGAAAUGCUCCUGUCUUAUGCCUGGAUGCUGCAAUUUAGAAUUAGGACCAAAGUUCAACUUUAGCCACAUAUGGGAAGAUCCAAUAAGAGCUGAGUCAUUUCUGUUCUCAUAGUUGCAGUGUUGCAUGCAUCCAGUAGAAUUCUGGUUGUGGCAUGAAAUAAACCAAAGAGGUAAUCAAGUGCAAAACAUACAAUCCACAACAACAGGGAAGCUUCAAAGGGAUUAGUUCACCUAAAUUACAACAAAAUACAUUUUCUCCAUUACCUCUGAUGUUAUCAAGUUAUAAAGAUUGGGUUUUAUUUGCCAGGAUUUUUUUUUUAGAUAUCUAUCGCUGAAAUUCCUGCUUCCAGCCCAAUAGAGGGGACCAUGAUUGUAUUUCUGCCAUCUUCACAGCAUUACACAACAGCAAAAUCUUUCCUGAAACAAUAUGUCCCCCUGAAUGGCAGGGAAUUCAGAGACACAAGUACUCAGAUGGUAUCUGAAGAGCAUGACAUAUUACUGCUAAGUUAACAGUGACUGUUUAGUUACAUUUGACUUGACACUUAAAAUAAAAAAACACCUAACUUAAA